CUGCUCGUCCGGUUUUAGCUGUACUGUUAUUCCCCAUCCCUCAGUUUUAUCCAGAGCAUUCUGAGUUGCACACACACCUGGACUCUUCAGGACAAUAUGCUGGCUGUUCUCUUCGUCCUGGGGAUGUUGUGCCCCCUAAACUUCGCAGAAAUAGAAAUUAGAUUGCUGGAUCCUAAAAUAGAUGGUGUGCUGGCGAGUAAAUUCCCAAACUCUUUUCUGCUGAGUCUGCCAAACUGCAGCCUUUAUGGAGACAGCUCCGCUGAACUGCUGUACACAGAACUGCCGUCCAAUGAAAACAAAACAGAGAGUUUCAUCGUUCCAUCUUGUCCUGUCAGUUUGCCCGGGUUCCUUCUGAAAAACCUAAAAAAUGGAACAACAUACAACAUGCAGUACAAAAUUGCAGGCGUAAAUGAUACAAGUGCAAACCUGACUACGACGACUACCAACGUCAUUGAUUACCAACAGAUAGACAGUGGUCUUCCAGCACGCAGUGGAGCCAUGGUGGUCAUCACCGUCAUUCUGUCUGUGGCUAUGGUGGCCCUCCUCAUUGGUCUCAUUAUUAGCUUCCUCUUUUCCGGCUAGACUGCACUUCAACACUACACAUGAUGUCUGCUUAAUUAAAAAAAAAAAAAAAAAAUUAUAAUAUAGACACAUUUUAGAUAACUUUGAGAGAUCACUUUCUUUUCGAUUUAAGUCUAAUCCAAUAUCUGUGUGCCUUAUGUAACAGAGAAUUACACAAAUGUAUAUAUUUAUCAAUUAUUUCAAACUGAAUUUCACAAAAUUGUGACGGUGUACGGCAUUUCAAAUAAAUCCUGUU